AGAUCCCUGGCUCCGAGCGGCGCGUGGGGAAAGGCGGCGGUAAUCGAAGCUGUGGGCGCGUUUUCCUAGAAGCCUCCAGCGCUCCGCCACCUGUCUGGAGUCCGCCCCCGUCUCGGGCAUCUCCUCUCCUGACUUUCCUCCUCAUAGGCUUGUCCCUGGGAGUGUGGGCGGCCGCAUUCCUGAGCACCGAAACUCUCACCCCCCUCCCCCCGCUAGCCUUCCUCCUCCUGCACACCAGCCUUUCUUUUCUGCCUCAGUCACUUCCUUCCUCAGCUUCUUCCUCCCCAGUGUGUUGAAGAAGAUAACCAGCCCGCGCCGACGCAGCCCCAGUUUUCUCGGAAUAGAAAAGGAGGCGGAGAGGUGAGUGAUUGCCCUGGCAAGAUGAGGCCAGGCAGCAAUGAAUGUGGAUCACGAAGUUAACCUCUUAGUGGAGGAAAUUCAUCGUCUGGGUUCAAAAAAUGCUGAUGGAAAAUUAAGUGUGAAAUUUGGGGUCCUCUUCCGAGAUGACAAAUGUGCCAAUCUCUUUGAAGCACUGGUAGGAACUCUCAAAGCUGCAAAAAGAAGGAAGAUGAUUACGUACCCAGGAGAGCUACUUUUGCAAGGUGUUCAUGAUGAUGUUGACAUUAUAUUGCUGCAAGAUUAAUGUGGCUUGCAUAGCUUUGUUUAUUGUGUUUUUUGUUUGUUUGUUUCUGGUAAACUGGAAUAUUACAUCAAAGGACAAACAUAUUAGCAUACUUAAUGUAUUUUUAUAGAACUUUAUAAACAAAAGGAGACUCAUUUUAGAAGCCUGUCCUUUUUUAUAUCUUGAAAGCAAAUUUAUGUAUUACACUGUAAAAUAAACAAAACCUAUUAUUUUUCUCAGGAAUCUGGCUGGAAAAUGUAGGCAAUGAGGCUUUUUUGGUGGGGAUGCAAGAGUGUUUGUUUCAUAAAUCAUUCUUAGAUAAUUUCUACAGACAUUUGACAUUCUAUGAAAUCAAGAAGCAAACUUGAAGACCAGCUCCCACAAUGAAUGUAAUGUUUAUGUAAUAAAAGCAUGUAACUCUCUUAAAA